CAAAGAAAAUGAAAAAAAAGAACAAGAGAAAGAAAAAAAAAAGGUACAAAGGAUAAAGAAUACAAGAAUCAAAGAACAUAAGAAUCAAAAGACGCAAGAAGCAAGUAACGCAGGAAGGAAACAAAUGCAAAAAUCAAAAAGCACAAGAAGCAAAGAACACAAGCACAAGAAGCAAAAGAUGUAA